AUGCUAGCUCAAAUUUUACAUGAUCUCCAUGUUCCAAAGGAAAUACUAGAUGAAUUACCAGAAGAUCAAAAACAAAUACUAUUUUGUAAAAUGCGUGAAGAACAAGUACGAAGAUAUCAUGAACGAGAAGCAGAAGAAAAUUUUAGAUUAACUGGACAUAUAAGUAAAAAGAAAAAACAGGUAACAUUUCGACUCGAUAAUAAUGGACAUGAAUGGUGUUUGGUGAUGGGUGAAACUUUAGAAAACAAUGAUGAUGAAUUUCAUAAUAGAACUAACAAUGAAAACAUGGAAAUCGAUUAUCAAAGUGGAGAUAAACAAUUAAGCAUCAAUACAAGUAAUACUCAUACGUUUCCAGCGACAAAUGGUGUUUUUUACACGGUACAUCGUGAUGAACGUAAACAAAUUGAAGAAAUCUCAAAUAACAUUCAAGAAGCACGUCGUAUCUUCGAACGACUUGAAACGGAAACUCGACGACUUGCUUUAAGUAAAGAAAAUGAAAUUUUUCAAAAACAAAAACGUCCUCAGACAACUUCAAUACCAAUCUCACAAUCAGAUUUUGUCGAUGAAAUAUUCUAUCAUGAAAUUGAAAAACGUGCAAAGCAAGCCGAUCAAGAACGGCGUGAAGCAGCUCGACGUGCACGAGACCUCUUUCAUCGUCAAUCAGUCGAAUUGAAUGUCUGCUUAGAUACUGACAAACAUACAGAGUUUACUCUACAACCAAUACCGUUAAAUUCAUCGAAUCGAACAAUACCGAAGGAGAAAAAAUUAGAAAUUGAAAUUGAAGUUGAAGAAAACAAAACUCCUGCUUUUCCCAUAUUCACUUUGGAUAAUUCGAAUAAAUUGAAUAUUGAAGACGAAUCCAAACCAACAUCCAUUACUGUUGGACAUCAGCAAUCCAAAUCAUUAUCAUCAAUAACACGAGCUGAUAUUCAUCAAUGGUUCUAUACUAAUGAGAUACCCUAUGGUACAUUCCGUUCGUCCAAUGGACAAAUCUAUCCAUGGUUUCAUGGAAUUAUUACACGUGCUUAUACUGAACAACUUCUUUCUUCGAAACCCGUUGGUACUUAUUUAGUUCGUGUCAGUGAAAAAAUGUUUGGAUAUGUGUUAUCUUAUCUUGCAUCGGAUCAUUGUCGUCAUCUACUUAUUGAAGUUACUCAACAAGAACAUACCUAUCGAUUUUUAGGUGGUGCUAAAAAUGAAUUAUUUGAACAGCUUAGUCAACUCAUUGAAAAAUAUACUAAUACUCCUAUUCGUUCGAAUUCUACUGAUGUUCUUCGUUUUCCAUGCGGUCAAAUUGAUCCUGAACGAACAGAUUAUACUGAUUUAUUUGUUGAUAAUAGUGAAAAUGAAAAAUUCUAUGAAUAUUUAUGUAUGUCACUUGGUUCAACGGCAUCAUCACUACAGUCGACAACACAUUUGUAG